UCCUAAGAGAGUCAGUAGGUAAGUUAAGUCAGCUAGGGGGUGGAAGUCUAACUGGUGAGGAGUGGAACAUACACUCGGUUGUGCAUCUUUCACCAUGGUUGAGACGGGCAGCGGUAAGAUCACCACCCCGUAUACUAAAGAGCAAGAAGAGAAAGUCGCCGCCCUCCUGAUGGAGAAGAGGGAGCUGAUUAAGCAAACGAAGAUGCUGACCUUAAUGGAGGAGCAAAAGGCCAAGCAGAAACAAAUGGAGGAGGAACUUCAAAAGUGGGAAAAGGAGCAUGAGAAGAAAUUGGCAGCAAUAGAGUCAGAAACAGAAGAAGAAGAGGAGGAGAUACCACUGCGGGAACAAUUUGCUAGGGAAUUGAAGGGUGAAGAAAAUCCCAUGAAGCGGCAUGUGAUGGAGGAGGAAAAAAAGUUGGAGUGGAAACUCCGCCUUGCCCGCGAGAGGAAGAGAAGAUUGGAGGCGGCCAAGAAAAUGGAAAGGGAUUUGAGGGCCGUUGAAGUAGAACAUGGGAGGUUGGUAGCGCAAGUUGAUCUCCAAAAGAAGGUGGAGAUCUUAUCACAGAGCGUGGAGGUGAUGCUGAAGGCGCAGCAAGAACAGUUGCGCUAUUUAAAGGGCCAUGACAUCACGCUGCAAUCCAUGCGGACCGGUUUUAAGGAUUUUGCAAAGGAUAUGAUGAUGCACGUAGGCACUGAAUUGCGCACAAUUAUGGAGGGCACUCAUAAGUUUUGCGUGGACGCCAUUGAAGACGCAAAGAUAGUGGGCCCUAGAGAGGAGGAGGCCCGACCACGUAGAGAGUCCGUUAAAGUGAAGUUCCCUGAUUCCUACAGCGGGAAGAAGGAGGAGAACUUCGAUAAUUGGGAGGUAAACGUGAACUCUUAUGUUCACCUCCAGAAGAUAGCUCAUGAGGAACAUGUCCUCAUUGGCUUCCAUGCCCUUAAAGACGAAGCAGUUAGCGUCGCCAGAUCGCUUUGUCGUACUGCCAAGUGCGAGAACGAUAUGGUCGCGUAUUCUCUAAUCACCCCCCUGAGUGAUUGCUUUAAGCUACAACGUGAGAGAUUCGCAGAUGUCAUGCGAAGUGUUAGAGCUUCCUACAAACUGCAGACGAUCCAUUCUCGCCAAUGGAGGAGUGUCAGGGCACUCAAGGGUGUCCUGGAUGAGUUCGUAGCGGUCCCUGACCAUGGGGUCACUGAGGCCCAGUUGGUCCAACUGUUUUAUCGCGCUAUGCCCGAAUCGUUGCGCGGAUGUUUGAAGAGUAGAGAGUCUGCCAUGACCUACGAUACUUUGAGUGGGGAGGUGGAAGCAUUUGAAGCACGGUCCAUGCCAGUUUCCACCUUCUGGCAUAAGGACCUUGAUAGGGCAAGAAGUGGAAAGGCUGCACCAUCUCGGUGUUGGGCGACCGCAGAUCGGUCGACCACCCGAAAUACAGAAGAUUGGGCCUCAGGUUAAGUGCACAGGGAGGAAUCAAGCGGCAUUUUCAUC